AUUUCAUACGCACGGGUCACUUCUAUUUAUAUUAUUUGUGUCCAUAUUAUUUCCAAAAUAUUUAUCAACAAAUUUCUACCGCAAUUUAUCUAUCAUAAAUUAAAUUUAAAAAAAACUCAUUGAAAACCGAAGGACAAUAAAACUAAAAAAAAAAUUACUGUUUUGGUGAAGUAAACUAAUAAUUUUUGUUAAUUCAAUUACUUUAAAGUGGUUGUGAUAAUUAUUUAAGAUGAAAAAUAAAUAAACAAAAGCGAAUCUAAUAUGAUAAAUAUUUAAUUAAUGCGGUAACAAAUUUAUUUUAUUUUGUUUUAAAAAAUUGAUGACAACAAGUGCUGAAAUGAGACAAAAAUAAAAUUGAUUUGUUGAUAAACAAGAAUUAUAUUAAUCCAAUGAAUUAAUUGAAUGAUUAAUUGAUGUAUUGACGUCUCGCUUUUGAUAGAAUUGUCGUUAGAAAUAAAAAAAAUAUGGCAGGACAAAUUUUUCAUGUUUUAUGAACGAAAAAUUCUGGGGAAAAAGUUACGGUGAGUGGGGCCCGAUCCCGGUCCUCGUGGGCCCAGUCCAACUUGAGGACUUUGGUCGAUCCUCUUUGGCAACAACGAUCGCGUUAUCCUAGGACUCGGAAUCGUACGUCAGGAUAAUGUAAUGCCGAAGACUCGAGAUAAUUAUCCGUCUGUAAGAUCGAAGGAGAGAUGGACUCUCACAGUGCAGGAGUGGUUGCCGUCCUCGGCACAGUUGGCGCUGCAACUGGUGCAAUAUCAGCGGUUUUGUUCUACGCGGUGUGCAUGAGGCGAAAGGGAUUUACGUAUUUUUCGAGUGGAAAAGGCCCUCUCAACUGGUUUGAAAAGGAUCUGUUAGACAGAGCGAAGGAAGCAGAAGAGUCUUCCGCUGAAGUCUUCAUUGAGCUCGGAAAUGUCGCCUCAGUAACUUGUGCUUCACCAGUGCCAAAGGAACUGAGUGAUAAUAUUUGCGAUGACGUCACGUGGCCACGAAAGGAUCCACCCUAUGACGCAAGCGUUCUCAACUCCGUUGAAGUUAUUCAUCGAUUAUCGUCAGAAGGAGAUGACGAACCAAAGACUCCAACGAGUCCAUUUGCUCCUCCGCUUCCUGCUGGUACAGUUGUAGCGUCCGAUGAACGAAUGGUUAUUGUUAAGUCACCACCGAGGACGUCGUCUGGGUCAAGGCUUAACAGUGCUGAUGACUCUGUUUUUCACAAGGUAACUCGAUGAGGUCGAGGGGAAGUCCCGAAACAUGAGGAAUGCAAAGAAGGAAGUACCCCAUUCUCCAAAAUGGCGGUCAAAUUUACGUGAGAGUUACCUUUUCCGCUCGACUGGCGGUGCUACAUAGCAUUUCUAUCACUUUGAAAAUUGUGGAGUAAAGAUUCACACUAACAUUUCCGUAUGUUACAUUCACUUUGAAAUUUAAUAAAAAUUAUGGAUCAAUAACCGUCAAA